UUAAACACUCUCUCAAAUCAAAUCACUAUAAACCAGAGGAGAAAACACUCGAUGAGAUGUGCAAUAUGGAUCCACCGUACGGAAUUACCAGUAAUCAGUGGAUAAAGUUGGUUAAGCGUUGGGAUUCGCAAGAAGGAAAAAAACUGUCAGAAUUGGGGAAAGGAGCACGAGCCUCCCUAAAUCAACUUCACAGAUGUGGUUCGAAGAGCUUCGCGAACAAGCAAGCUGAUUAUGAAGAUGAGCAUGGAGAAAAAAUGAGCUUGUUAGCUCUUUGGAAAAAAACUCAUAUGGGCAAGGAUGGAGGCUAUCUACCCGAGACAGUCACAGCAGAUUUUGUGGAUGAUGCAUAUGCCAAGUUGGAAUCAUUGAAACAAGUAUGCCCUUCUAAGUCUGACUUAGAACUCGAAGAUGAAGCCUUUGAGCACACCAUGUACGGUGGAGUGAUUCCAGAACGUCCCGUAGGCUAUGGACUUGGAGUUCGAAAGGGCGACAUUUACGGUGUGCAUGGUGUUCUGAAUAAGCAAAAGGUUCAAAAGAGGACUUGGUGUGGAGAAGGAUAA